GAGUUUUCUCUGUGUUGAAAAGAGUGUGUGGGAUGUGUAUUUUGUCGAAAGCUAUGGUCGAAAGGCAUUUUGUGUUAUUUUUUAAUUAAAAUGACAGUAUUUUGAGUUAUCUUAUCCAAUCGUUCAAUAAAUCGUCAACAUAUUGUUUCUCUUCAGAGCGCGCGCGCGGCGCGGGCGUCGGUGCGUCGGCGGCGAUGGCGUCGGCCAUGCAGCAGGUGGUGGUCGUGUGGGAGUGGGAGAACAGCCACCGCCGGUGGCGGCCCUACAGCCCGCAGGUGGUGCAGCUGCUCGAGCGCGCCUUCUCAAAGGGACUCAAGUCGGUGUUCCUGGGUGACGCCGAGCCGCUGCUGUCCAACUUUAGCGUCAACAUCACCACGCUGCGCCAGCUCUGCGACUCGUCUGACCGCGAGCUGGUGGUGCGCCGGCAGUUCUACCUGCCCAGCUCUCCGGCCGGCCGUGGCGCCGUGUGGCAGUGGUCCGGCGACACGCCCGGCGAGUGGCACAGCUACGACAUGGACGUCCAGUGCCUGGUCGAGGCCGUCUGGUCGCUGGGCGAGCAGACGGUGGACGUCAGUAACGUGUUCGCCCACCUGCCCUACAUCAUCAACUUCUGCAACCUGACCCAGGUGAAGAAGACGAGCGGCUUCGUGCGCCAGAUCCGGCGCGCGCAGCAGGCGGCCUACCCGCUCACCAAGGUUCCGGCCGACGAGUUUGUGUUCCAGCCGCCGGCCAUAGAGGAGAUCCGACGGCCACCUGCCACCUCCAAAAAGAAGGAGAAGGACAAGAAGCGCAAGGACAGCAGCGGCACCAAAAAGCUGAUGAAGCAGCUGACUCGGCUGUCGAGUCGGAUCGCCGACUCGCUCGACCCGGACUCGAGUCCUGCGGCGAGUCGGCAGCCGAGUCGCCGGGAGAGUGCCGACUCGGCGGCCACGGCCGUGAGCCGGGCGUCUGCCGUGUCGGCGCGGCUGGCCGGCGGCGGCAGCACGCGACUGCCGGCCGCCGCGGGCCGGCCGCCGGCCCGACCCCCCGACGGCCGACGGCUCAGCGUGGCCACCAUCUCCACCUACAUCAGCCAGAGUUCGCACAGCUCCGGGCGCAGCCUCUGUCUGAUGGAUACCAGCUACCGGGAGGACGAGGUGACGCUGGAGCAGCUGCUGCUGAUGUACACGUCGGUGGUGCUGCCGGCCGCCGGCUGCCUGUGCUGCAUCUGCCGCUACCAGCUGGCAGAGCGGUCGGCCUACGGUGACGACCUGGUCAUCCAGCUCAACGGCUGCGGGCACGCCAUCCACCUCGACUGUCUGAGGGCCAUGGUCGAGACCACCAACCAGGUGCAGUACCUGCAGUGUCCCGCCUGCCAGGCCAUCUACGGCCGGAAGAUCGGCAAACAGCCGCCGGGUCGGAUGUCGACGCGCCGGCUGCCGAUCCCUCUGCCGGGACAUGACUGCGACACCAUAGAAAUCUCCUACAUGAUCUCCCCCGGAAUCCAGGGUCCGGAGCACCCGCACCCGGGCCGGCCGUACAAGGUGCGGGGAUUCCCGCGCAUCUGCUACCUGCCCAGCAACCCGCAGGGGCGCAAGGUGCUGCGGCUGCUGGAGGAAGCGUGGCGCCGGCGGCUGAUCUUCACUGUCGGUCCGUCCCACACCACCGGAGAGGAGGACUGCGUCACCUGGAACGGCAUCCACCACAAGACCGAGCUGCACGGCAACAGCGGCGGCCACGGCUACCCGGAUCCCGGCUACCUGGAGCGCGUCACAGACGAGCUGCGCAGACAGGGCGUCGAGUGACGUCACUGGGGGCAUGGUGACGUCACUGGGGGACGGAACAGCGCCGGAACACAGGGUUUACGCGGUGAGAGCAGUGUUGUGUUUGGAUGUGUUCGAUGUUGCUGAUAUGUGUGUUGAAUUGUUAGUGAUCUGCAAUGGUAGUGAGUUGUAUGUGUCGUAGGCGGGCAUUUUAUCACUGGGGUGCCAUGAUCCAAUAUUUUUGUAAUUUGUGAUGCCGCAAACUAGCAUUUUUUCACCCUUAUACGCAGCUGCUAUAUCUUUUUAUUAUGAAAUCCCAUGCGUCUCUUUAGGACUGCCAGUUGAUAUUUUCUUCUGAAACCAUAAGCUGUCAGGCUUUUUCAUAUUUUCAGUGCCACCAGCUUGAUAUUUAGCCAUGAAAAUAUUGAAUUUCAGAUGCUGGUGCGUUGUUGCGUAUAUGCUAUAUCUGAGCUCAGACGCUGUAAUUGAGCUUUCGUUUUCCCUGCAUCUGAACAGUUGGCCUUUACAAUGUGCGACAAUUGACAAAGGAUCUGAAAAGCGUAUUUAUUUAGCAGGGCUCAAACAGUCUGCUGAUGCCCAGCCCAGUGCCAUAAGCUCUACCAUACGGACUGAAAUCGGCAGGUGUCCUUAACAUGAGUCGGCAGUCAUCCGAGACGGCUGACACGCUGAGAGCAACGAUCGCCUUUCCUCGCUCUGAACUCGAUCAAAGAAAUGAGCAACCGUCGUUUGCAGUGUGGUAUAUGAUUGUAAUGUCGCAUUCGCCCACGAGAUUUAUAGGCAAUGAUGAGUAGGAGCGACUCUUAGUAGCAGCUUUUAAAACCAUGGCAAGCAGAGCGUAUUUAUAUUGAAAUGUGGUAAAACCGACUGUUAGCAAGUGCCUGACAAUCAUUGUGCUUUCACGUUAUUAGAGUAAGCGGUUGAACGAUACAGCUGCAUCGGACUUUGAAAGCACAAUAUGCAGCAGUAUGAUUUUCGUGGUACGUCAUCGUCAAUAAAUUUGAUAGCUGUAGCAUUGCUAACACGUUCAAUGAUGGUACAAACGUAGCAACUAGCGCUCGCUUGUCUGUCGAGCUGACGCUUUGAUGGCAUGAACAAUAAAUAUGCAUGUUUUCUCAUAUAGCACAAGUGCCAAGGAGAGAAAUUGUUUCUCAGCCAACACGUGAAAGUGGCGGGUGAGAGCGUGUUUUCAAAGCCAGCGUCUUCCAAAGUGACCAUUCGGUUGAUAUCUGGUCAUGAUUACCGUGUUGUCACUUCUGGCUGUCCGGGUCAGACAGCAGUUGCUGGAUGUGUUACAUACCAUUACCAUACCAGCACUGGUGACCUGUCCUCUGACCUGUUACGUGUCGAUGGCUCACACGGGCUUGUAUUGGCCACCAUGUGACUUACGUAGCACAGCUCAAGGUCGUGCGGUGACCGUGAGCAGCUGGAGGAUAAUGUUACUUACCUUGAUAAAAUGUUUUAUCUUAGCGUGCCUAUAUUUCUAAGAUAAAAUGUACAAACUCUAUGACAAUAUGUGCUGCUUGUCGUUGGGCCUCUUGGCCAACCGUAAGAUUCAUCAGUUUCGUGUAUAUGUGACAUUUCAAUCGAGCAUCAUCGUUUGCUGUCGCCGUGUGUAAUAUAAAUGCCUACUGUUAA